UAAAUGCUGCUGUUUUUUGCACAAAUUCAUACACUUGAUUUCACUCCCUCUCUCUUUCAAUUUGCUACAAGGCUUGUACGCUUUCCAAGCAAUGGCAAAGAAACUAACCUUGUUCUGUCUAAUCUUCAUGUUUGCUAUUCUAGCCCAUAAUCAGGCUUCUAGCACCUUACUACCAGCUUCUCAGCUGCAACCACAGAGAAACAAUCAAAUGUAUGGCUCUACUCAGGGGAGCCUUCAGCCUCAAGAAUGUGCACCUAGGUGCACCAGUAGAUGCUCAAAAACAUCUUUCAAGAAGCCAUGCAUGUUCUUCUGUCAAAAAUGCUGUGCAAAGUGUUUGUGCGUGCCUCCUGGCACAUAUGGCAACAAGCAAGUAUGCCCUUGCUACAAUAACUGGAAAACCAAGAGAGGUGGACCAAAGUGCCCUUGAGAAAUCCCAACUUGCUCAUUUUCUACCAGCUUAUUAUUAAUUGCUUAAUAUAUAUACAUGAUCUUGCCAAAUAUUUGGCAUUAACCAUUAAAAGAUCAUUAAGUAUGAAAAUGCUUUCUAUUCACUGUAAGUUACCGCCUUGUUGGUUGAGAAAUUAGAGAUUUCUCGACAAUGUUGUAAUUACUUGUACUUUUAGUUCAUGUUUGGUGCAUGGUACUGAAGAUGACUGGAUAUUAUAAUAAACAAAAUUUCACUUAUUUUCA